AUGAAUAACAUCCAUUCUCGAUUAGAAAUGUUACCGAAUGAAACGUUUAUUGAAAUAUUUCAAUAUCUUGAUAUAGAAAAUCUUUUUCGAGCAUUUGAUAAUCUUAAUUUUCGUUUUAAUACAAUACUUCGAAAUCUCAAUAAUCUUGUUUGUUAUCUUUGGGAUAACAAUUAUACUAAAAUGAAUAGUUUUAUUUCUUAUAUCGAUACUUUAAUUAUUAAUUGUCGAAUCAAUAUUAAUUUUAAUUAUUUUACAAAUAUUCGUUAUUUAAAACUUACAUGGUUGACAGAUCAAAUACUUGAACAACUCAAUACUUCUACUCUACGUUGUUUAGAACAUUUAUUUGUUAAACAAUUAAGUUGUAACUGUGCAGAUAUUUUAUAUGACAAAAUUUUUUCUAAUACUUUUCCUUGUUUAAAAUCUUUUUAUGUAUGCCAAAAUAGUAGUAUAAUAGCAAAAGAAUGGUUCGUUUGUCUUCCUGUUCUAUGCAACCUGCAAAUUGGUAUCAUCGAUCUAUUUGUUUAUGUAGCUAUUUUAUCCAAAUGUCCUAAUUUAAAUAUUUUCAAAUUUCUAUUAAAAUCACGUGACAUAUCAGUUUGUGGUAAACCACAUGUUAAUCUCAAACAAAUGACAAUAAAAUCUGAAGAUUCUAAUCUAUUAAAAUAUGAUUCAAUUAUUAAUACUUGUCUUUCAUAUGUACCUAAUCUUGAACGACUUAGCAUUCAUCAAGUUUUUUUUCAAGUAAAUAUUCCAUAUUAUUUAAAAACAGAUUGGCAUGCAUCAUCAAUUGCUAAUUAUUUACCAUUACUUCAUCGAUUUGAUUAUUAUUUUAAAAUUUGGUAUCUUGUUGGAAUUAAUACAAAACUAAUAUAUACUUUUGAUGAAAUGAAAAGAAAUUUUAAAUCUGUACAUAAUGAUCGAUAUCAAUCAAAAUUUCAUUCAAAUUUAACAUGUUAA